CACAUUAUUUCCUCCUACAACACUGAUCAGCUGUUCAACCAUCAAGGAAACUAAAGAUCUGAGACAAGAUUAUACUUGUUUGUGAUCGUGACCAGCAAUGAUUUUUGUUGACACAAAUGUGUACUAGCUACCAAUCUGAUUCAGAAAAUGAGGCUGGUAAUUCUUGACAAGUAUGAUGAUGUUAGUGAGUGGGCAGCCAAGUACAUCAGAAGGAGAAUCCUGGCUUUUAAUCCAGGACCUGACAGAUACUUCACUCUUGGGCUCCCCACAGGGAGCACACCUUUGGGUACAUACAAGAAACUCAUCGAGUAUGUCAAAGCUGGCAAGCUGUCCUUCAAGUAUGUCAAAACAUUCAAUAUGGACGAAUAUGUAGCAAUACCCCGUGAUCAUCCUGAGAGCUACCAUUCCUUCAUGUGGAACAACUUUUUCAAGCACAUUGACAUUAACCCAGAGAAUGCCCACAUCCUAGACGGCAAUGCAGUAGAUGUUAAAAAGGAGUGUGAUGAUUACGAGGAGAAGAUUACAGAGGCUGGAGGGAUAGAGCUGUUUAUAGGAGGUAUUGGACCUGAUGGUCACAUUGCCUUUAACGAGCCGGGAUCAAGCCUGGUGUCGAGGACAAGGAUCAAGAGUCUAGCCCAGGACACCAUUCUAGCUAACGCCCGUUUCUUUGGGGGUGACUUGUCCAAGGUGCCUCACCAGGCACUUACUGUAGGGGUUGGGACUGUUAUGGAUGCUAGAGAGGUGAUGAUCCUAAUUACUGGUGCCCACAAAGCGUAUGCCCUCCACAAGGCCAUUGAGGAGGGCGUGAGUCACAUGUGGACUGUGUCCGCGUUUCAACAGCAUCCUCACACCAUCUUCCUGUGCGAUGAGGAUGCGACCCUUGAACUGAAGGUGAAGACAGUCAGAUACUUCAAAGACAUCAUGAAAAUACAUAACGAAAUGAUCGAAGGCAGUGAAGAACAGGAAGGAGAAGGGCAGUAACUCCAUUCACAUGAUUUUAGUUAAGGGUUUAAGCAAUGACAAUAUGAGGUGAGGGAGAAUUAAAUAAAAGUUGACUGAUAUUUUUUCAAAAGCAGUAUUUAUACUUAACUUUGAUCUUGUAAAAAUUAAGGCACAAUUAAGUUAGAUGGUAAGAAUCCCUACAUAUGAUUGUAAAUGAUGGCAGAAAGAAACCAUAAUGAAAGUAAAGAGUCAAUGUAUAACCUGUAUAUAUACAUGUUUAUAUGACAAAAAAAUCUGAAUUAUUAUCACUUUAAAGGUCUACUUAGUUAAAAUUAACGAUAUUUUAAGGUUGCUGUUAUAUCUGAAGUGUCCCUGAUUCUGAAGGCUCGUUUCCUAGGUAACAUUCCACUGAUCUUACAUUGACUGCCCCAGUCUUAAGUGAUUUAGUACUGAAAAGGGGGAAUACAGCAAUACUUGCCAUUAUAUAUAUCACUUCUGCUUCAAGAGUUUUGCAGACUUGAAAGCAUCUUUCAUAUUUGAAGUAAUCUUUCAAAUAUUUCUAAAAUUGUCUCUCCAAAGGCUAGAAAGAAGAGUGGAUGUGGAUAAAACAGAGGGUAUAGAGAAUCUACACCUUGGUAUAUAUAUUGUUGUAGAUUUAUCUUGUCUAUCAAUGUAUUGUGAUUGUAGUAUUCAGUUUUUCACAUUAUUUAACUGUGUGUUCUUCAAUUGAUAUGAUAUAAACAUUCCUAUGUUUUGACCCUUUCACCCCUAUGUAACUUCAGUAGACUCUUAUCAUGCAUUGAUAUGAAUGAGUCCAUUAUGGUCUACAGUGGUGAACGGGUUAAGUGUUCUAUUUUUGUCUGUGCAAAAUUUAACAAUUUAAAGCUAGGAAGCAAUCCUGUGCCUAAAACAGUAUGUAUACCCACAGCAUUAGACCACUGAAAUCAGUUCCCAAAGAUUUAUAUACUGUAAAGUGGAACAUUUCUUUAUGUUGAAAUUCUCACUUAUCAAUUUCUCAAAAUAUUCAUUAUGAUUUUUUUUAUAAUGCAUAAUGUGUCAACAUUUACAUAUUUUCUUGCCAAUAUGGUGAGCGCAAAGUUUCAAAGAUGUGAAGUUUGUGGACGUCUCAACAUUUUACCUUACAUGUAGAAAAGUAUAUAAUCCAAAUCUAGAUCUCAUGUCAAAUGAUUUUUGGUGCAUAGAUUAAAUAAGGAGUCUUUUAAUAGUACAUAUACUUAUGUCUACUACCUAUAUAUAGCCACAAUUAUGUUAUAUAUCUGGUAAUCAUGCAAGGAUAUACACAGAGAAAUUUGAUGCUAUUUAUAAACUUCAGGCCCCUUUGUUUGACUAUAAUCCUGGUUGAAACAUUUACUUCAAACAUUUGUUUUUCUGAAAUAAAAAAAAUCAGGACCAACAAGGCUCCAUUAUGUGUAUUCCGAUAUAGAUAUAAAGUAAAGGUGUAAUUUAACCUCAUAAAGUUUAUGGUGCACAACUGUAUAUAUUUUUUUCCAAAGCCAGGCUUUGUAUACACACAGUUGUCUGAUCCUCCAAUUCAGAAUCUCCUGAUAUCAGUUUAUUUUCUGUAUAUGUGUGGUCACAAAAAUUUCUCACAUUGUUCUGAUCUCAAUGGAAGCCUACGGGCUUGUAAUGAUGUAUAUAUUCACUUCUGCCAGGUGGUGUUAUGUCAAUUAUAUCCAUGAAAUAUAUUGAACCGUUCAUUUUUCUACCUUAUCCAUAUACUGACUUUCAUCUGCUUUCUGCCUAGUUCAAAUUCAGAAUAUUGUAGGCUGUGGUGUAGCAAUAUAUUUUUCACACAAAUUAAAUAAUUUCAUGUAAAUUUUUAUUGAGUUUUAUAGAGAUGUAUACCAGAAGGGUAUGGUUGAUUGGUGUAGGUAUUUAAACUUAUUGAGUGUACUUUUUAUAAAGUAUAUGAAUGUAGUAAGAUAUAUGUUAUAUAUUUUAACAAAGAUAAAGCGUUGAAAACAGGAGUGAGUUCAGGAUAUCAUGUUACAGUUAGGGAGGACUGCAAAGUUUGAUUAAAAUAAAAAAAAUCUGGUGAGAGGAAAGAAGAAAAUUAUGCCAAAAUAAUCCAAAAUACUUGUAAAAUGUAUGUAUAUUCAUGUAGCUUGGGUCAUUUUUAGGGAGUGGUUGUGUAUGUGUGCCCUUAAUUAAGAUCUGCUCCUGGAAACUUUGGUAUUUAUAGGACAUAUACUUAAGUAUAAGAUGUGUUUCCCCAUUGCACAUGUAAGAGUAUUCAAACCCCAUACCAUAGUAUGUAUUUAACAGCAGCUGUAGUCAAAUAUUUAGUCCUGUGGAAAUCCUUUAAUGCUACUACUCUGCAUACUGACAAUAGUGUACAUGAAAAUAUUCCAUGGAGUUAUUUAAUAUUUUUAUCAUUUUUAAGAUACGAGGUAUAAUUAUUGUGCUUAAAUGUGCCAUUCUUUAAUAUGUUGUAAAUUUUAUGUACAUAAAAUAUUACCGUGGUAUGUAUAUAAAUAUGCACAUCAGGUAUAAAAUGAAAUAGAUGCUGAUACAGAAAAAACAUUGAUACACAUUUACCAGUAAGGUAAAGGGUACCAGUAAGUGAAUUAGCUAUAUUAAAACCAUUGUCAGUAUUGUAAGAUAUUGGUUUAAGUCUUUUUCAAAAGAACUGUUUAAUAAAAAUAACAUGUUGCAAUAUAAUUUACAGAUAUAUAGUUGUUUGAAAUUCGAACGUUUGCAAAAAAUAUGAAGAGAAAACUGAAAAUCUUCAGGGGUAGCACUCAUGACCUUUAAAUUGCAAAUACUGAUGUUACCAUCCAGUAAUUAUAAAUACACAGUGUCACAAAGAGUGGCCAGUUGAGGAAAAGAAACGAUGAAAAUUCAAAGAUACAUAACUUGAUAGGAGAUUCAUCUUCUGCAUGUAUGUCAAAGGGAGAUUACUCUAAGUCAAAAGGCAUGGAACUCUUCUUUGCAAUUAUAACUGAUCCAGCGGUACCCUUUACCUUAUUAUCAAUACAGUCUUAAGGCUGUAUGCUACCUUACAUAUUACACCUGUAAUUGUUAUUUUUUCAAAUAGUAUAUAAUAUAUUGGAUUUACUUGUGUUAUCAAUAUGUGUACAUGUUUAGUGUGGAACUCUUGACAAAGGGAGGUGUAUUUUCACUUUCAGGUAGCACACAUCCUUAAGUCUUAUGGAGUAAACAAUUCAAAGGUUAACAUGGUUUGGAGAAGAUUGUUCUAGAUAGGAGAAGUUGGAGUUCAUUAAGCUUUGAUGAAAUACAAUUCUAUAAGGAUACAGUUUUAACUUUUAAGAUAGAUAAAAUGACAUAAAACUACUAGUCUGAAGGAUCAGAAAGAAUAUACAUCCAUUUGGAUAAAUCACAUGCUAAAACUUCUACGCCAAUCACAUACAUUUGUCACCGGUUAUGUACACACACAUAUAUAAAUAUGUAUAAUAUUGAUGUCAUAAAUUUUGGCGAAGGUAAAAUGGUGUCCUCAAAAAAAAUGAUAAGUGUAUGAAAUGAGUCAUAUGAUAUCGGACCACUUUGUAAUUUGUAAUGCUCUGUCUUCAAUAAAAGUUGUUAAAGAUAUCCUUAAUGAUUUCGAGCAAGUUCAUAUUUUACCACUUUGUACAAUGGACAGAACUGCCAAGAUGACACUCAAGUCUCGGUUAUCAGUUAUGGCAUGAGCUCUACCUCCUAAAUCUUUUAACUUAUUUAGACUUUCAUUUUAUUUUAAGUGUGUAUGAUAUGCAUUGUUCCAGUUAUAGUCAGUAUGACAUGUACUUAACUCGAGGUUUGGGCUGUGCACUGAUUUCUUAAGGUGCUGUGUUAUAAAGUUAGGAGCUAUAAUAAAAGUUUAUUACCAA